GGGCAGCCAGGUGGGGUGCUGCUUUCAGAAAGAGAAUGCGAUCAGGGAGGAGACAUAGAGAACAAUGUCGGCGAUCCUCUGCUUCAUCCUGGGGGCCUUCUCCUCCUGGUCCUCAUCAUCCUGGUGGCUCAGCUGCUCAGAUGGAGGGCAAAGCACAGAGGUGCUGUCGAUGAGGCCGUGUAUGAGGAGAUUGAUAACCUUGGAAUACCAAAGGAAGAUCUGCUGGGAAGCACAGGGUUCCUGUCAGAUGACUCACUGACGAAACUGCCGUAUUACACCGGGGAAGGUGAAGAGAACAGAGACUCCAAAUCUGCUCCAGAUGAACCCUCAGCCCAGGGGGUUGAUGCCCCCAGUGAGGGUUAUGAUGAUGCUGAAGAGGUACCCGUGCCUGGGGCUCCUGCUGCCUCUCCGAUGGGCACCAGGGAGGUGCCUCCAGAAGAGGAGAGUGGGAUGCGGGCCUCUCAGACAGGCUCUUCUCUGAACUUCCCUAGAGAGACGGCUGAUCCUGGGAAAGGAGAAGAUAAUCCCUUGCUUCUCCAGAGGGAAAAGGGGGACCCUGAGUAUGAUGACGUUGAACUAAGUCCCCCUGGCGCCUCCACGGUGGCUUUCCCAUGAUGUUGUAAUGAUAUGAGACGAAGACUCAGAUACUCUAAUGGCUUGUAUUUCAACAGUGUUUUGCUGACGUAUAAUUGUAUUAGAAUGAAACUGCUCAAAGUAAAAUGUUCUGAGUAAAGUACUUUUCCCUUUGUUGGUAAUUUAAUGUAUCAUGUCAAAUGCAUUCAGUGAAUUGAUCCCAAAUUACUAUGUUCUCUCAAAGGAAAGGGCAAGGUGAGUGAACUGCCCUGUUUUCUCAUCUCCCCCAAAUGCUGUUCAAGUCAUGUCUAUGCCCAGGCUCACAGAUGCUCCAGGUCGCUCUUACUUAGACAAGAGACUCUAAACUUGGUCCAAACUCACACCCUCAUUCCUGACAAGAUGGGCUCAUGGAGAAAGACGUAACCCUGAAGAUUCAUCUGAACUAGUCUGAGCCUCUUUCUUGAGAGGCACCAAACUAGCGUGUGAUUUUCAAAGCUGAAGGUUGGAGGAUGGCGCAUGCGAGAGAAUGGAUACGGCUUUCCUUGUCCUGCCUAAGAAAUACAUAAAAAAUGGAAUAAAAUUAAAAAUAAAACAUCAAA